GUCUCUCUUGUAAGUAUCUAUCAUCUUCAUAUUACCGUUUCUGAUUUCUCGAUCACAAGGAACAGUGAUCUUCAGGAUAAACCACUACAGCGACGAAUGAAGGACAAAUGAACAUCUCCUACAGAUAUUCAAACACCGACGAACAUCACUCAGUCCUAUCGUGGAUGAAAUGAAACUGUCUUGCUCUUGGUGAAGACGAAAAUAUUAAUGAUUUUCAGACUAGGAUUGACUUUAUUGACGCGACAUCACUAACCACUGCUGCACAUCUGCGACUACAAUAGAACCAUCGCCAUCACUGCAUCUAAGUGUAAAAAUUACCACGAUCACCAUUCGGCACUACAACAGCCUUCCAUUUCUGUACUCUUUGCGUACUGGUCUUAUCAUGUCCACCCAUUUCUUCAGAACGACGAUGGACAAGACUUCUGCAAAAAGAUGGUUUUACUGCUUCGAAGGUCUACAAUUAAGAACAGAGUAUCUUCAACAGCUUCAGGGUUGUAGAACGCACAAUCACGGAGUUACGUACAAUCACGGAGUUACGUAGAAAAGAGAAAUCAGUACCAGCACAUUUUCUACUAGUUGAGAAACUCUACUAUAUCAGAAUCAGCAGUAGCGUCUUGAAGACAACAGCAACAGCACUCAACAUGACGACCUACGAGAUCAUGUAGGAUUUUCGGUCUUCCUCGUCUUCACUAGGAGCUGCUGCAGAUACCAGUUUUUGACCACGACAUCCUGAUCGUCAAACCCAUCAGCAGCAAAUAUUUGACAACAAGAGCACAAAGUCGAAGAGUAUAUCACAGCGUUAUAGCAGAGUAGUCAUCAGCUUCAUCAUACUUCUCUACGCAUUUAAAAACAAGAAUGCAUCGUGGUGGUAUGGGUGGUCGUGAACGUAGUCCGCGUCGUGGGCGCAGCCGCGAGCGAGGUAAUCCGGGAAGCCGCUACACGGGGGGCGGAGGUGGCGGCUAUGGAGGUGGCUACGGGGGCGGUUACAGCAGUGGGCCGCCAGCAGGUCCACCGGGAGGAAGUACGUACGGCGGCUACGCCGGCGGCCGCAGCGGAGGUUAUGCAAGCUUCGGCGGUGCCGGUUCGUAUCACCCAGGUGGGGCGGGCUACGUGCCACCGGGGCCGCCGGGCCGUGGUGCCGGAAGUCAUAACAAGCUCUGCGAGGAUAAUUUCAAUCCGCUGUACCCGCAAGGACGUCCCAACAGUUUGCGCUUGCUGGUACCAAACUACGCGCAAAAGGCAAUUAUUGGCGUUCAAGGAGCAAAUGUUCGGAGUAUUGGCUCUUCGACGGGUGUUUUCCUCAAUGUUUCCAGCCAACCCUUCACGACUACAGACAACUGCACCGAUCACAUUGUCUCUAUUUCGCCGAGACUCAAGGUAACUCUACUUAUAAUGUAUUUACAUGCCCGCUGCGCUGGGCAUAGGUUAACACUUACUACUUAGCAACUAGACAGAUAAGACAAACGAAGCAAGCCGUUAAGUCAUCAAGCUAGCGACGCGCGGCUGGCUUAGAAUGAACCAGCAUGGACGCCGGCCAUUGCUCAGCCAGCUGGCUAGCUAAUGCUAAGCUAACAAGCUGGAGGGGCUAUGGCUAAGCUAGCAGAUUAGCCUUGGCGAGGCUGCUAGGUAGCAAGCUGGUCAUGGCUAGGCUAACAGGCUAGCUAUGCCGGGCUAAGCUAGCAGGGUGGCCAUGGCUAGGCUAGCAAGCUGGCAAUGGCUGAGCUAGCGCCAAGCCAGCGCUCUUGCGGGAUAAUAUGGCUAACCUAGCAAGCUGGCAAUGGCUAUCUAUGAAUGCAGCGAGCGCGCUGGCUAUGGCUAAACAGCUAGAAAGCUAGACCAGGCUAAGCAGCUAGCAAACUGGCUAGGGCCAAGCAGCUAGCAGGCUAGCCCCAGCUAUGGCUAAGCCGCUAGCAAGCUUCUUAGCUAUGGAUAAGCAGAGAGCAGGCUAGACAUGGCUAAGCAGCUAGCAAGCUAGCUACGGCUAACAUAGCAAGCUAGCGCGCUACUGCUAAGAUAGCAGGCAAGCUAUCCUAUAGAUACUAUUGCUAUGCUAGCAAGCUUGCUAGCUAUGACUGAGCUAGCAAGUGGAGGCCCUUAAGCGGUGGCCCUUAAGGAAGGGCCUAAUAUUAACCCAAUUUUAUUACAUACAAGGGCCCCCUUAAGAAGCUCCCUUAAAAGGGUCGCUUUUAUUUGCCCUUAAGGGAGCUCUAUAAUAGUAUCUCGUAUAAGCUAUAUCGAAUUGUGAGUUUCGCGAAAUUCUGCAUUCCUUGCCCGAGAGUCUGGCUUUUUUUUGAGCAUGAAGACAGACGAAAGACGGCCGCAAGACGAUGAUUUUUCUAUGCUUGAGACGAUGAGAGAGACAAAGAAGCCAGGCAAAGAACGUAGACGAAGAAGCGAGUCGAUCUCGAUGCAUUUGAUUGCCGUCUUUUUGUUAACUCUCUCUCUGUUUUCGAUCCGUCGGCACUUCGUCGACGACUGUUCUGCUUUCUGCUUUUUUAGGCGUUACAUGUAAGGCGUAGAGUGACGCAAGGCGUUUAGUUACUCUGCUGAUGGUCUAGCAUGCGCAUGCUCCCGCUUCUGCGUUGCGUUCUGCCAUUUUUUUUCAUAGGAAACAGAAAAAAAAUCUCUGCUAUCUUAUCAAAAAAACUAAAGUCGGCGCUUUCGUUAGUUUUCGUCUCCGCUCUGCGUCUCUGCGUCGUGUUUCUCUCUCGGUCGAAACGCUUCCAGUUUCCAUGGCCCAGCCCUCUAAGGCUCUCCCCCUUUCAGGUCUAUGAUCUGCUGACGCAGUUGGUAGCCGCAGCACCCGCCAAGGAGUGCGCGACGUCAGCCACCGCCCACAAGGGUGGCGAUGCCUCUGCGCUGAAACUCGUGCGCAGUAUGGGCGAAAAUAAAUCGCAAGUCCAUACUGAUUUGCUCACGGUGCCGGACGUGCUCCGCCGCGAUUUUUUGGAGAAGUAUGAAAGUGAAAAGCUGGGCGCUGCUUCGUACCAACCACCCCAAGCCCCUAGCCCUACGGAUUUGCCUACUUCCGAUCCCUCUGCGCUUUCUUCGUCAGAGCUCCCAGCGAGCUCAAGCGGCUGCUGCCGGUAAGUGUCGAAGUCUUUGCCUGAGAAGCUGCCCCAUACGUAACCGAAAAGCUUGAAGGGAAUUCGUCGCAGACAUUCAUACCCCGCCGCACUUCCAUACCCAGCAGGUUCUUCGUCCGAUACCAACAUCGACGCGGAAGCACUCAAGCAAAGAACAAGAACGAACCAGCUUCGCGAUUAGCGAAUCGCCCAAGGCUACCUACCACGACGAUGAAAAGCGCUAGCACGAGCAAAGCCAUGAAGGCCCAAGGCGUUGGGGAAAAGCCUCCCCCUGUAAAGAAAAUGGCGAAAGUGGGCAACCCAUCUACGCCGAACCGCUUCGAAGCAGAAAACGUUGCUGGAAGUGUUGGGUUUUAUUUUUAAAAACGGCACAGGGGAGGCCAGGAGGGUUUUUAUUAGUUCCCGCUGAUUGGUGGCGGGCUCGUGGUUGGAGUAGGUUGGGAAGGAGUUCACGCCGGCACUUGGUCUUGUGUCUGGCGUGUGUGCGGGGCAGGGGUCUUGGAGGCGUUGGGGAGGGUGGCCUGGCCUUGUUUGGCUUGCUUGCUCUUGCUCGAGUCGCUCCCGGGGUUUGCUGCUGCGUUGGGCCCUUUGUGUUGCUCCAGGGCCGGCGAGAUCGCCUUCGUGAAGGUUUGCCCUCAGUUUCGACGGAGCUCGCCUGCGUAGGUUGCUGCGGGUGUCUGCUUUGGGAAAGUUUUCAAAGUAUAAAACUUGCCCAAAAAUGUCGGGUCUUUCUGUCUGUGGGUUCCGUAGGCUAUGCGUAAGGAUUUCCAGGCUUUUGAAAGUUUUUGGGUUUUUGCAGUUUUUUGGCCAAAAUGUCGCGCGUUUUUUUGGCUUUUUUUUCAUGAAAAAACUUCUUCGGAAAAGUCUCGCGUUUUUUUCUUAAGUAGAAAAAAGGGCAGAAGUUUUUACGCUUUUUCUUGUCAGUUUGAAGCCCAGGAGGGUUCGGCGGGUGAGGUGUGGCGGUCGGUUCUCUGGUGUUGUGGGUUGGUCCUCUGUCGUAUCCGAGCAGGGUGGGACGUGUUGCACCUGGUUAGGAAAGGGCGGGGGCUCGCAGGAGUUGACUUGAGAGGGCUGACCGGCCCGCGGGAGUUGGGUUUCUGACUCUUUUUGGGGUUGCUUUGGUGGGCUUGUGCUUGUGAGUGCAAGCUAAAAAAUGAAAAAAAGUCCGCGCGUUUUUUGGAGAUGGGUUCGCUUCGAGGCGGUUCUGGAUAGAAACCCAAUGAAAAAAACACAAAGCAAUCGAAACAAGCAGCGGCGAAGGCUGCCAAAGUACCGAAGAAAGCUGCCAAAACACCGGGGAAGGCUGUCAAAAAAAUGAUGGCCAUGGAAGCGGAGUAGCUUGCUACACAACUUCCCCACUGUGGCUCGCAUCGUUUUCGAAAGCCAACGAUAGGCGCACUCUCGUCGGCUUCUGACUUUAGAACGCAAGGCACCACUUCAGUAAAAUCAAAGCAAAUCGAUCAAGUUCGAGAAUCAAAGAGCGGCCGCAGGGUUGAUGGCUUUCAUUUUCCAUCCAUCCAAGUAGAGGCCUCCGAGCAAUAUAGAAAAAGCACGCAGGUAAUGCGUACUUACAGGAACAGUAAGCGAGUACCUCGCUCGGUGGCGUGAUAUAUUAGAAAAAGCGCCAGUAAAUCACUGCGAGCGCUAUCCUUUAGCUUUACGAAUUGCAUGGAGAGUCCCCAGACGGACCCAGAUUCAACUAUGGCGCCACAGUUGUGACGAACUUCGCACACGGUUAAGAAUCAAGACCAACACGAACGCCAAAGCAAGCAAAUGACACGGCGCCAAAUUAAUAGGGCCUGCCGCACAAUCAAAGGAGAAGCCUUCUCACACCAGCGCGCGGCGUUUGCAUUAUCUGGCUAACGCGUCUAGCACUGCGCGCGUGUUCUCUUGCAUUUUUUGCAAGCGACGCCAUCGGCGUCGACAGUUCAGCCGAUGCACUGCGCGCGACAUGAGAGGAGCUAAACCGGACAAAAAAGCAAAACACUAAGGCCACAGAGUGCGCUAGAGUUGCGCGCUUCAUUGUUAUGCCAUCGAGGUCGGGCUUGGUCUCUCUGUUGCUCUCUAUGCAUCGAAUUCAAAUGCUCCGCGUUUUCUUCUGCUUUCUUGUCAUGUCUUUGCUGCAAGUCAUGCCAUCGGCGUGCUUUUUCCGGGGCAAAAGAUGCCGCACAUGCGCCGGCGCCAGCUGAACGGGAACGACCACGGAGACACUUGCGGCACGUUUUUUUUUUGGAAUUGGAUACUUACCAAAGAAAACAGAACACCAGCCCAGCAAUGAAUGCUGCUGGGAUGAUCUUCACGGGCGCGAGCACUAUCCACGCAGGAGCAUGAAGCACGUGAACACUUUGGAAAGUGGGCACUACUGUGCUACCAUCAACCACAUCGCGCCAAGGUUUUUGCUGCUUCGUCAGUGUUAGCGUGUAAGAUUCUCACCGCAUCGAUCUACUUCUAACUCGUGAGCCAGCGAAGUCGUGCUUCUUAAGCACUCGCCUCGCUGAUAGCAAUCAGUCUGAAAGUGAAAACCAGGGGAACCAACCAGAACCAAGUCCGUCGCUCGCUUUGGACUAUGCUACUGCUUUAGCCGCUGCGGGAUUCGAUAAGCCACGGCCACGAGCUCAAAGCGAUAAGCGCAGCGCUUUUCUUACGGUAGAAGGCAGAAGCCCUGCAGCAGUGCAGCACUUUGGCCCCCCUUCAGGCUACCCUGUUGCGCGGUUUUUGUAUCGUGGAGAAGCAUGGACAAGCUUCCCCGCGACGGUUUCGCCAAUAUCUGAAACAGUGCGACCCGCUAUAUUCUCAAUUCGUUUGGCGCAAGCCGGCCAAAGUGCUGGCUUAUCGAAUCCAGGCAGUCUGUACGUGCUACAAGUUUGCUCACUCUCUAUUAAUAAACUCGCUAGCCCAGUCCUCUCCUUUAGGUGUUCCUUCUGUGUGAGGCGCUCUAGCAAGUUCUCUCUCGAUCGUGGGGUGGUCGCUGUUUUUGUUUUUCUGAUUCGCUCAGCCUCCAAGAUUGUUCCAAUUCUUGCUGCCAGCUGCAGGCUCUUCGAGGUUUUCACUGCAUUGGACAAGCAACACGAACACAGUGGCAAGAGCUAGGCCAAGCCUCUCGCGUAUACUGGUCAAAAUUUUCGAGCGGGUGCGUUGUCUCAAUCUGGUGCGAAUUAUCUUGCGCGCAAGAGUUUGCGGCUCCUUCAAUAAUGUCGCACCCAGCAACUGUCUGCAGCAGCACCAGACCCGUCGGGUUCUGAACGUAGUGGCCUUUCUUCUGCUGCGUAGCAGUUUUCAACUUUUUCAGCAGUAUACUGAUGGGGCUUCGGCUAUUGCGUGGCCACUGUGUGACUGACUGAAGACGCGGCGCAUAUCUCUCACGCGCGUCGCGUGCAGUCAGGUCGCGCCGCCUGGGUUCUUUUCAGUUGAUUCGUGUGAAGGCUCACGGCUCUGACGCGUGCAGCCCUCUGGCGAUACUUUCACGCGUGACGCUUGUCGCCAAAGCAGCGCACUGACUUCUGUAAGUAUAGCUCCCUUCAGUUCGGACCCACGUUCUUGCUGCCAAUCGUUGGCCGCUUCCAGAAAGUAGCGGGUACGUAAGUUUAUCCCUUCUGGUCUCUGCAGUAUUUCCCUCCUCCCUCUUCUUCCCCUUUUUCCUUAAAGUCAUGCACUUUGCCAGUAUGUCAGAGCCUGGCGGUCUCGUUUUCUACGUCUAGACCUUAUACUUACACGAGACAGCCCGGAGUGACUUAAUAAACUUAACAGCAGCGCAGGGAUGUCGUCACCCCUGCGCUAGCCUGUGAUAGAUUUCUAUAACGAAACUCUAUAAUAGAAAUUGAAACUCUUUAAGGGAUGCAAUUUUCUUAAGGAAGCUCCUCAAUGAGGCCCCCUUAAGGAAAAGGCUUGGUCUUAAAAAAUUGCUAACGCUAUAAAUACUAAUAUUUAUAAGUAUAGACUUUCGCUUUCCUUGACCAAUUUUGCUUAUCGAUGUCAACGUCCCGGUCGUGUAACAAGUGCAUUAAGAACGCUUGUAUGUGAUUGGACUUGGAGGCUGAGUAUUGCAGACGCUGCUAAUUAUUUAUCCACAUCCACCUCCACGUGGUUUUUCUCUUGCCGAAUUCGAAGCAUCUUUCUAGCUCCUUGUGCUGUAUCUUCACCCAUGAUUUCUCAAUUUCCUUCUGCUCAGUUGCCAACGUACAUCCAUGCAAUUGACCAAUGCGCGGACGCCAUGAAGAAGGUGAUGUCGUUUGCGUUUCCGCACACCGAUCAAGACAAGGGCGAGUACAAGUGUAUUUGCCUGGCGCCGUCAAAGAUGAUGGGUCUGGUUGUAGGCAAGCAGGGUGAUCGUAUCAAACAUAUUCGCUCUAGCCUGGGCAUCGAUGUGCAGUUGAGUGCACCUGUCCCCAAUCAGUUCGAUGGAGAAAUCACGCUCGUCGGAAAACUCGAGCCUAUCGGGAAGGCGAUCUUUCUCCUCAACGACGUUUUUCAGGUACUGCAUACACAUGAAGAUGACAAAGAUAUUAACACGAAGGUCAUGAAGAUGAAGAAGACGGACGAAGAGUGAGUCAUCUGCUUCUCCAAGUCUAAUAAAUAUUUUCUUCUGGUCUGGCGUUGAUAUGUUUUUGAUAUUCGAACAAAUCAAGCAACUCUUCAUCAACAAGAACAAGAAGGACGUUUGCAAAUGUAAAACAUGGAAGAUUUAUAAAUAUCCAUUAUGUUCAGCCGCAUUAUUCCGAUUUUCCAGUCUUACAAAUUGCAAUUAUGCAGGUAUAUUACGACGACAGAUCGCAAGAGGAUCAGCGCAAGAUGCAGAUUACUGAAAGUGAGCGAGACCGUGCUACUCGUCACGAUCCUCCGGUGGCGCGAUCGGGAAGCACUGAGCGCGGGGAGGUACUUCUUUAGUCAUAUUGGAGACCGCCGCGACGAUGUGAAAGACGUGCGCGAAAUCUUUGCGAAAAGUUGCCGGGGCUGGUCUUCGUUGUCUCUUUGCUUGAAAGGCCAAACCAGGCGCCGAAGCGCCUGGCGCUGCUUUUCGUUUGUUCUGUGUUUCGUCGUUGGUGGCAGCCCCGGCGCUGGUUCGUUGUGGACCGCUCGCAUGCCGCUGGCAUCGGCGCCGCCCCGGGUGCAGGCGUGGCGCGGUUGUGUGAGCCCCCUGAAGCGUAGGACACCGGGGCGGAGGACAGGGGAAACACAGGCGGGGGAGCAGUGUCACCAUAAGCCGGCGGCGGCCAUCUUUCCCCGCUUGAACACCUCCAGCGGCUUCCCGUCUCUUCUGUCACUUUAGAAAAAAAAAAAUCUUGGCGAAAAGUUCGCGAAAUCUUUGAAAAAUCUUCGCGGAAUCUUUCCGAAAAGAUAGACGCAUGAAGUUCCAACAUGGUCAAGACUUGUAAACUGUCCGCAAACAUGUCGCGAAGAUUCUGGAGUUUUCGUCUUCCGUGUUUUUUUGAUGAAGACACGAAAGUGAACCGCCAAGAACAAACUCGCGACAAAUUGCAGCGGGAGCGCAUAAGACUCCGCGUCUUCUGUGUCUGCUUUGUGUGGUCUUUCUGUUUCUCUCUCCAGAGCUGUGCCGCCUUUUGGGUUGUGCAUUUGUUUGGGAAUUUGUCGGGCGGCUGCGUCGCAGGCUGGCUCGUUGGCUUGUGGUGCUCUCAGUGCAGUGGCUGGGCUGGUCGUGUGUUGGUUCUGUCGGCUCUGCUUUCAGAGGCUUAGCAGACGCCGCGCGAAGUGGACAGGCGUGAAAGCGGCGCGCGUGAGCCCCGGCAACUUUUCGCCAAGAUUCUCCGCCGUCGGCAGUCUUCGGGCGCGGCGGUCUCCAAGUCAUAUUCAUUAUUUUCACUUGUGCUUCUCAUAUUCCGACUUCAUCAUACAUAGAGCGACUUUAGAAAUAUGUCCACCUCCAUCAUCUCUUCGCAGGGCCAGGGUGAGCCCGCGCGCACGGAAAAAGGUGAGGGUGAGGACAACGAUUCAGCGGCAAAAAAGGGAGAGCAAAACGGUGUGCAACGGAGUAAGGAAGCUGCUUCUGCAACAACGAGCGGUGGCGAUCCGAGCUUGAAAGAUGUUGAGGAGAGCGAAAAUUCCACCUCGUCGCGGCCACGAGAAGAGCGUGGAAAGAAGACACGCGGCCCGCGUGAUGGACCCCGCGAUCGCGACCAGCAGCGUUCUCGGGAUGCUGAUGAUGACGAACUGAGGAAUAUUCGCAUUGGUUCGCCGUCGUCCUCCGAAAUGAUGAUUCGAGGCAAGAGCAGCAGGCAGGAGGGGGCCGCUGGAAAUCAAGACGAUCAUGGUGAACUUGAAGAUGACAAGGAUGAGAAUUCCACCUCUAGGAAAAGAUCCAGGCGAGAGGAUCGUAAGGAAGGUGUAGCUCGAUCUACAGGUACAGGGGAUCGACGUGAAGGCAAUUACAACACUGGAACAGGAGUAAAUCGGGAAAAUUCUACCAAAAAGAGUAGGAUGAGUACAUCGCGCGGUCGCGAGAAAGCCUCUCCUUCCCCCGCACGCCGCAACGUUAUGUACCUGGAUCCACGUGAAUACUAAGAAGGGAGAAACUUCCCGGAAUCUUCCCAGAAUCUUUCCCAUCUUCUCGCUAGCAAUGGCCUCGGAAUCUUUCCAGAAACUCACCCCAGUCACGACUGGGGAACUUUUCCGGAAACUUCCAAGAACCUUCUCAGAAUCUUCCCAGAAACUUCCGAAAAGCCACAAAAGUGGCGAAGUUUCUGGAAAGUUUCCGCGAAGUUGCUGCCUUCGGGAUUCGCGUGGCUGCAUGUUUCUAACAACGCGAGCAGACAGCCGCCACGCUUAAAUGGCUUAGCGGUGGCUUCGCACAUUCCCGAGAUUCCAACGAAAGAGCAGAGCAUGUCGGAAAUACGCCUCAGUGUGCCCGAGUUGCCCACCAAGUUCUUCAUGUUCGAUUCGAGCAGCUACUUUUACUCGGACCUACAGGCGCGAGUCGAGAAAAGCGGUCUCGGCAUCCUUACAACAAUAGAAACUGCAGAGAACUCCGAGCAGCUCCUUGUUCGCGCCACAGAGGGCAUCAUGCCCUACGUCCUCGCUCAAAUCCUCGAACGUGUUAGAAUCGAAUGCCAAUCCUCCUAAAGCCACGACAACGCUUGAACAAUUACUAGGAGGAGACAGACAGAAGAAAUCGAGGAAAUGCGAACUACGAGGUCGUUCUUGUGUUUUCGUGAUUACAUAGACACACAAAAUAAAUUGACUUCUUCAGGAACAAGAACACUUUUUUUGGAGAAAUAUAGUGAUAACCUUCUUGUUCAUCUACUUAGCGUUAGCUACGCAUCGAUCACAUUGAUCCUUGUCCUCUAUGACUUCCCCCGAAGACGACACAUACAUCAGCCAAGGAGAAGCAGGAAGGUGACACGUAGUGAUAAAUCGAAGAUUUUCAAAAUUCAGAGUAUUAGAACAAGUACUACCUAGAAGUCCAUCGCCAGUUAUAUUUUUACCUAUCACUACAAGUACAACUACUGGUCGAAAGCAUAAUCCAACCAACUCUCUGUCCUGUAUCUUCAGAAUCGCACAGCGAGCCAGCAGGCAAGUAACUACUAUUUUGAGAUGAAGACAACAAGAUAAUGAUUCUGAGAGGCGCCCCCUCUCGUCAGGAUUGAGGUAAAAAACAAUUUGCAGAUUUUGAUGAAACAUCUUCGCGAACAUAACCAAGUAGAUCCAGAAGUCUUUAAAUUUGAGCCCCUUGACCAUGACCCCUCUUUUGAUUUAGCAAAACCUUUGGAUCGGCUCAAUUCUUUGUUACCACCCUUGUCCUUGUCGAAAGUUGAAUUUGAAUGUCAAUACCCAUAAGAAUUGUGAAUCCGUCUCAAAAAUACCCAUUUGAUUCAACGAUUUUUGGUCGCGUAUUAUACCUGAGGACAGCACACAUACACUCUCUCCUCGAUUGUUACGGACGACCGCGGGUCGUUGUGUGCGGCCUUUCGCACGACUCCC